AUGUUCAGAAUCUUCCUGGACGUUUUUUACAUCUUGCAGGACCAAAUUUAUCAACUCAUGAUUUCGAGACGAUUUAGCUCUCUGGCGUUCAAAACGGUACCUUCAGAGGAACCCAUAAGCGUGUUAAUCGCCUCGAUAGGUAACCCAGAGAAAGGCUACAAGAACACGAGACAUUCCGUUGGACAUUACAUUCUGCAAAAAAUAGCAUUACAAAACGGAUGGUCAAUUGGCAAGAGGGAAAACCAACAACUAUUCUUAUUUCAGUCCCCCUCCUACAUGAAUGUAUCGGGUCUCAAGAUACGAGAUGUUUGGCACAAGGUGAUGCAGGAGUCGCGUGCCGGCGGCUUCAAUCCCGCGCUCAUAAUCAUUCACGACGAACUAGAUACGGAGCUGGGCAAAAUCAAAAUCAGAAAACAGGGUGCUUCUACGAGAGGCCAUAAUGGACUAAAGUCGAUACAGAAAUACAUAGGCAAGGGCUACACCACGAUCUCCAUCGGAAUCAGUCGUCCUGAGAGCAGAGACCCGGAGACCGUGAGCAACUACGUGCUCGGGAAGUUCAAACCACAAGAGCUAGAGAUAUUGAACGAGCAAGUUGUCCCGAAGGUGGAGACUGCGAUUAGACAGAUACUGGAGAAUGGUAAGUUUGUGACCGAUUAG